UUCUUUAGCCGAAAAGUAUUUUUUAUCGUUAUCGGUGCGGUCACGCUGUUUAUGUUUAAAUAAAUUUUGGUCUAAGAUAUUAGUAUCAUGGAAGAAUAUGCUCGAGAACCGUGUCCUUACAGAAUAGUAGACGACUGCGGUGGAGCUUUUGCUAUGGGGUGCAUUGGUGGUGGGGUUUUUCAAGCCAUUAAGGGGUUUCGCAAUGCACCUUCAGGAAUAGCCCGAAGAUUGGUCGGAAGUAUGACGGCUAUAAAAACCCGCUCUCCUGUUAUUGCCGGAAAUUUUGCUGUAUGGGGUGGGAUGUUCAGUACUAUUGAUUGCACACUUGUGCAUUUACGAAAAAAAGAAGAUCCAUGGAACUCGAUAAUAAGUGGUGCCGCCACAGGAGGAAUAUUAGCUGCUAGAAAUGGUAUUCCAGCUAUGGCUGGUAGUGCUGUAAUAGGAGGCGUUCUUUUAGCACUUAUUGAAGGUGUUGGCAUAUUGUUUACGAGGAUAUCUGCGGAUCAAUUUAAAAAUCCCAUGCCACCGACGGAGGAUCCUUCUGCUCUUGGCGAACCAACUAGUAACUUUUCAUUUGGUAAAAAUGAAAAACAAUUUCAAUAAUCAUAAUAAUAUUAUAAUGAAUGAUUCAUCCAACGUUAACCACUUUAUAUUAUAUAAAAAUAUAAACUGAUUUAAUUUUUAAA